CUUCCUUCAUCAACGAGCUUGACGGGGCAGUAGUGAAAGUGAAUGAUGUGGAUAGAGCUGUUUUCUAGGAGCCUUUUCGUUCUUCCUUUCUCAUUCAACCAGUCGUGAUGAGUCGUUAACAGGUGUUGGCGUGAAAACCCCCAGAUAUGAUCUUCACAACAGUCUGACCCUGAAGAGAACCAACACAGAGAGACGGCCCGGAGCUGCAGAUGGAGAAUGGAGACCUGGGUCACAUGAUGGGGGAGCCAGUGAGUCUGAAUGUGGGCGGCUGUGUUUACAGCACAUCUCUGUCCACGCUGCAGCGAUACCCAGACUCCAUGCUGGGAGCCAUGUUCAGAGGAGACCUCCCCACCGUCAAGGAUGCACACGGGAACUACUUCAUCGACCGUGACGGCCUGCUUUUUCGCUACAUCCUCAACUUCCUGCGGACAUCAGAGCUCACGCUGCCUUGUGACUUCAAGGAGAUCGAGCUGCUCAGGAAGGAGGCUGACUUCUAUCAGAUUGAGCCCCUGAUCCAGUGCCUGGGAGACCCCAAACCCCUGCUGCCCUACCCCACAGACACCUAUGAGGAAGUGGUGGAGCUGUCCAGUACGAGGAAGCUGUCCAAGUACUCCAACCCUGUUGCCGUCAUCAUCACCCAACUUACCAUCACCACCAAGGUCCAUGCCAUUUUGGAGUCCAUCUCCAGCAGUUUCACCAAGUGGAACAAACACAUGAUGGACACCAGAGACUACCAGGUGUCCUUCACCUUUGGACCAUGUGACCACCAACAGGAAGUCAGCCUGCGAGUCCACUUGCUUGACUUCAUCUCCAAAGCUGGUUUCACGAUACGUAACACACGUGUUCACCACAUGAGUGAGCGAGCCAAUGAGAACACGGUGGAGCAUCACUGGACCUUCUGCAGAAGAACUCACAAAGUCAACGACUGAUGUAAAACUCAUGGACGGCCAGAGUGUCUGCUGACAGACGGAGACUCGCUGUUGAUUGUGUUGUUCUGUGUUUCUAUGAUGUGUUUUUUGAAUCAUUUCCUGUUUCCUCUGAGCUAAAGCACAAUGUGAGAUUACUUGAAGGCUAGCACAUUAGCCACAUGAUAUUUUUCUUGUAUUUGCCUUUCCUCUACAUGUACACAAGAUGGCAAAAAACCUGUUGACUGCAGACUGAUCUGUUUUCAAACUGAAGCCCCUUUUACAUAUGGACACUUGAGCAUUUCUUGAUAGUUUCUAGAAAAUCUUAGGACAGUUUGCCCAUAACGUUUUCCAGAGUUGCCCUUCAGAUGUCUUUCAAAUGUGAGAUUUUCUCUGACAGGCAGGAUAAGGAGUCUCAAGAGGAUGCCCUGGAUGUCACACUGUUAUAUUAAGAACAUGACGCUAUGAUGACAGUUUUUGCAUCAGUGCUAUUUGUACCUGGAAUAUCACAGUAUUAAUGGAUGAGAGGGAAAGAGCAAACAGAGGAGUACGAAACAGGCUCUCUACGUUCAGAAAGAUCCUCAGGUUUCUAAUAUAAACAUCCCACCCCCACUCACUGACUCACGCUGAAUUUUCCCAUCUUUGAUUUUGUCGGCUGACCUUUUUCUUCUACAGUUUCUUCCUUGAGCAGACUUUUAAUGGGGUUGGCAGGAAAAAAGUCCAGAUAAAGUUGUGGUGAAAAUAUGGGCUGUUUGCACCUAAAAAUUUUCAGGAGUGUAGUGUGUAUGUAAAAGUGGCUUUGGUAGGAUUCAAACUUAGUUUGUCAAAAGCCCUGUCCUCUUUUUAUAUCAGAAUCAGGUCUUACUGACUUCAGGAGAGAAGCUGGAUAGUUCCCAGUGAACAUGCCUGAGCAGGAAGACCGUCCAGAAGAGAAAUAUUUGGUUGAUGUGUAAGAACUCGGCAGAGGUCUGAUGUGAAUCCUGUCCAACAUCAGGAACAAUAUCUGUUAGCCACACCUGAUCACCAGCUCAGGUUAAUGAUCGUAUAACUGAAUGUGUGCAAGACAGGUUCAGCAUCUGAAGAAGAGUUCGGGCUUUUUAACAGCAGAUUAAUGCCCAUGGCUUUACAAUCAACUCUUUCAGCAUUAUCACAUUUAGCUGCUAUGUCUGGAUUAAAGUCUACAUCCCUUCAGCUGCUUAUUAUGUGGUACAAUAGGACAUAUCUGGCACAUCAGUAGGAGUAUGAAUCUGUUGUACAUCAAUUAUGAUAAAUUAAUCUUAAUUGUGAAUAAAAUAAUCUGGAAAACA